AUGCUCAAGACCUCACAAGCCCACGCUCACUCCCUGGCCAUCGCCUUCGCGCAAUUGUUCCGUUGGGAGCUCUCAAUCACUACCGUCCCCCGCGCUAACUCCCUUCCCGUCGUCCACGCUCACUCCCAUUCCAUCGCCCUCGCGCAUUCGUUGCGUUGCCCACUCUCAAUCCCUACCAUCGCCCGUGUUACUCCCUUCCUGUCGCCCACGCUCACUCCCUACCCAUCGCAUUCGCGCAAUCGUACCGUCGCCCACGAUCAAUCAAUUCCGUCACUCACGCUCACUCCAACCCAUCGCCCAGGCUCACUCCCAUUCCAUCACCUUCGCGCAAUCCUUCCGGCGCACACGCUCACCCUCGUUUCAUCGCACACCCUUUGUAUUCGCGAGCACUCCCUCUCGUCGUGCGCGAAUGCGUCCCGUCCACCGCCCACGCUCUCUCCCUCUCACCGCGUUCUCUCACUCCCCACCUGUCACGAUGGUCCCCUCCGUCGCACGCGCUCACUCCCCUUGAGGGGUGACCAUCACUCCUCUUCGCUUCGCCACGCGAUUCCCUCACGUCGCCCACGCUCUCCCCUCCCCGCCACGCACGCUCUCCCCCCAUCCGUCGCCCACGCUCACGACCCGUACUCCGCACAGGCUCAGUUCCCUCCGUCCCCCACGCGAAUCCCCCUGCCCCUCGCCUUCUCUCAUUCCCCUCCGUCGCCUAUGCUCCCUCCCCAUCCCAUCCCUCCCCAUCCCUCAUCUCCCCAUCCCCACCUCCCCAUCUGUUCCCUCUCCAUCCCUCACCUCCCCAUCCCUCACCCCAUCUCCUCCUCACCCUAUCUCCUCCUCACCCCAUCUCCUCCUCACCCCAUCUCUUCCUCACCCCAUCUCCUCCUCACCCCAUCUCCUCCUCACCCCGUCUCCUCCUCACCCCAUCUCCUCCUCACCUCAUCUCCUCCUCACCCCGUCUCCUCCUCACCCAAUCUCCUCCUCACUCCAUCUCCUCCUCACUCCGUCUCCUCCUCACCCCAUCUCUUCCUCACCUCAUCUCCUCCUCGCCUCGUUUCCUCCUCACCCCAUCACCUCCUCACCCCAUUUCCUCCCCACCCCAUCUCUUCCUCACCCCAUCUCCUCCUCACCCCAUAUCCUCCUCACCCCAUCUCCUCCUCACCCCAUCACCUCCUCACCCCAUUUCCUCCCCACCCCAUUUCCUUCUCACCCCAUUUCCUUCUUACCCCGUAUCCUCCUCACCCCAUCUCCUCCUCACCCCGUCUCCUCCUCACUCCAUCUCCUCCUCUCCCCGUCUCCUCCUCACCCCAUCUCCUCCUCACCCCAUAUCCUCCUCACCAUAUCUCCUCCUCACCCCAUCACCUCCUCACUCCAUUUCCUCCCCACCCCAUCUCCUCCUCGCCCCAUUUCCUCCUCACCCCAUAUCCUCCUCACCCCAUCUCCUCCUCACCCCAUCUCCUCCUCACCCCAUCUCCUCCUCACCCUGUCUCCUCCUCACCUCAUCUCCUCCUCACCCCCUCCGUCGGCUCGCACUCCGGCUGUUGCUGUGGCGAGCGAGUGUGGCUGCAGACGGGGGUCACAAGGUGA